UAAAUAUGCAGCAGAGCGUAAAUUUGGUGUUUAUGCUAUUGCUGCUGCUGCUGGUAGGAAGAGACGUUAGAUCGCGUGUGUACAUCGAGAGCUCUACGGAGGGAUUCAGCGAUUUGCUCUCGCUAGUGGAGAAAGAAAUCCCGAAUGAUGAUUCUUCCUGCACCAUUUCGCUACACCGUGAUCUUACGGCCGUGCAACCUUUGCUGCUCCAACCGGGCACUGAUGAGUUUCUCUGGCCUCAGCUAAACAGCACCACCAUCGCCCUAGACUAUGGUCAAAUGGUUGAAUUGUUCUGCUCACACGGAUUCCGCAAAGGUUCACCAGUCGGUGGAAAAUCGAAAUUAGUCACACUCAUGUGCGAAGCUGACGGUAGACUUGGUUAUCAAUCGGAACAGUACAACAUAUCGGACUUUCCCUGCCAGCGACCCGUAUUCCACGUCGCCGAACGUACCGGUGCCCGCUGCUACGACAAUGGUACGAUUGUGCGUGUCGGGUUCAGUGUUGGAGCAGAUCGAUUCGUACAGCUGUAUGAGGUGUGCUUCGACGAAACACACCUGCGAAGUCAUUACGUGAAACAUAGGCUAACACCGCACAACGCGCACCAUCAACGGUCGGUGAAAAGGCCUUCCUUUCUGCAGGGCGCUUUCUACGGUGAGCUAAAGAUGGCUUCACUCUACACGUACGCAGCACAGUAUGCAACUCUGACCCGCAUUCUGGGCUCAACGACUCGUGCCGACGCACUGCUGGACAACAAGAAGGGACUCUUCUUUGCCCGCGGUCAUCUGGCCGCAAAAUCGGACUUUGUGUACGGAUCGCAUCAGCGUGCCUCCUUUUGGUUCAUGAACGUAGCACCACAGUGGCAACGGUUCAAUGGGUUCAGCUGGCAGCGGAUCGAAACGGGGCUUAAGGCGUACGUAGCUUCGAACGAUCUGCGGCUGACGGUGUAUACGGGCACGUACGGUGUGCUGAAACUGCUUGACGGAAACGGUGAUCCGCAGGAAGUUUUUCUCGAUUUUGAUCCAAACCGUGAUCCAGCGGGUCGGGUUCCAGCGCCGGCCCUAUUCUACAAGGUGUUGAUAGACGAGGAACAUGAUGCAGGGUUGGCAUUGGUUGGUGUGAAUAAUCCACACGCCAGCGAGGAAGAGAUCGCCGAGAGCUAUGUGAUGUGCAAGGACGUUAGUAGUGAGGUCCGGUGGUUACGGUGGGAUCGUAACUCGAUCGCAGACGGUUACGUGUAUGCCUGUGAUGUGAAUGAGUUUAACCAGGUAAUAGGACAUUUGGUGCUGGAUCGUCCUGUAGGUGGGCUGUUGGUUUAA